AUGACCUCCCUCUUCUCCCCAGACACUGUAGUGCUGCUGUGCCUCCUCCUCCACUUCACAGAGGGAACCUGCCCCUCCAUCUGUCUCUGCACCUCAGACACACUGAGCUGUGGCUCCCAGGGCCUCACCAGACUGCCCCUCCUCCUGCCCCCCACCACCGUCACCCUGGACCUCAGCUACAACCGGCUGGGCUGGCUGGGCCCCGGCAGCUUCUCCAGCCUAACCAAACUGGACACCCUCCGCCUGGCAAACAAUCAGCUCACGACGCUGGGCCAUGGGGUCUUCCAAAACACCUCCAGCCUCCGUCACCUGGACCUGUCCUCCAACAGGCUGCGGGUGCUGGAGCAGCACUUCCUGCAGGGUCUGUGGAGGCUGGAGGAGCUGCUGCUCUACAACAACCGUAUCACCCGCGUGGAGGGUGGGACGCUGAGCGGUCUGAGCAGCCUCAGGAAGGCUUACUUCAGCCUCAACCAAGUCACAGAAUUCCCCUUCUUUUCCAUACAGGACCACAGUCAUCCGUUUCUCACCAUGUUGGACCUGUCCUCCAACCGUAUGACCACGCUACCCUGGGAGGAUGUGAAGGCACUGCCGGGGUCAGUGCAGAAGGGGCUGUACCUACAUAACAACUCUCUGCUGUGUGAGUGUUCCAUGUACAGUGUGUUCUGGCACUGGGAACAGAGGGGCUUCGACUCGGUCAGGGACUUCACAGAUGAGCACACCUGCCUGAUCUACGGCGAGCCGCGCGCCUCGGUCCGAUUCCUCCGACACUCCCUCUACUUCCAAAACUGCACAGUGGGGAAGGUGGUCUCUUUGCCCAUGGCUGUUCUCCUCUCCAACCUCAUGGUGAACGAGGGGGAGAGGGUCCGUCUGGACUGUCAAACCUCUCUCCGAGGUAAAGAGCUGUCAUACACGUGGGUCUCGCCAAAUCAGGAGUACCUGACCCAGAUGAGCUUCAACGACACCCUCAUCAACGUGUUCCCUAACGGGACCUUGGAGAUCCCAGCAGCCAAGGUGAACGACUCGGGAGUCUACUUGUGUACAGCCCUGGACUACAAACACAUGCUGAAUGCAACCAGGGAGGUGAAUGUCACCGUGAUCCGCCCCAUGCCUGACACCUUCAACACGGGCUACACAACCUUGCUGGGUUGCGUGGUCACCCUGGUAGUCAUCCUAAUGUACCUCUACCUAACGCCCUGCCGCUGUGGGUGCUGUAAGCAGCCCCUGCCCCCGGCCAUCCCGAUCCCAGCCUACGACCCAAACACCCUGGCCUCCAUCUUCUCCCCCACACUGAGCCACAGGGACCCAACCAAGGCCAACAUCAACAAGCGGGUGGUGUUCAUGGAGCCUCUGAUGGAGGAGCAGAACGGGGAUCUGAGGGCCACCCUGGCCAGGGAGCAACCAACGCUGCAGUGGGAGUGGGGCGCCAGCGGACUCUCCUAG